UUUUAAUAAUAUUCCCACUCUGAAACGUCAGACUGUCAGACAUUAAAAUUUUGACGUUAAAUACUUAAAAACUUGGGGUUAGUUAAAAUGUUAUUGACAUUGAAUAACAAAGUAAAUGAUUCAAUAUCAAGGUAACAGUCAUAAAUAAUUAAUAAAACUGUGACCAUGCACGAACAUUAAUAUCUAAGUGGUUAAGGAUCAUCUAAUUGUCAUUGAAUUGGAGAUUACAGAUUAGUUUUAUGUACUUAAAUCUAAAUAGUUAAUCAUCACAUCAGAAUCAUUAACAAUCAGUGUAAUUACCAUCACAGCAACAAAGUGAUCAGUGGACAAUGGCUUGUUCGUUGUUAAAUCAAAAAAACAUCCAGAUAAAGAUACCAGGAUACGAAACAACAGACAACGUUACAUUCUACAUAAUAAAUGUCAGUAUUGGUGACGUUAAUUGGACUCUCAAGCACAGAUAUAGUGAAUUCGUGGUCCUGCAUGAUAUUUUGGUGACAGAGCACUGCGUCGAAAAGGACAUUCUGCCGCCAAAAAAAAUAAUCGGGCGAAAAAAUGAAGUUUUUAUUGACAAGCGCCGUCAGGCUUUGGAGAUUUACUUGAACGCUAUUUACAAUUACCUCAAAAAAACAAUGCCCAGAGAAUUUGUCAUGUUUCUGGAUCUUCAUGUCUAUGAUAUAUUUUUUUUACUGCAAAAUAUGGCCUUUAAAUUUUUUAAUGAAGGUCCUAAUAUUUUGCAAGUCAAGUCUUAUACUUUUACACCUAUCCAGUUAUAUGCAAUAAGCGAGAGACUAAAACAGCCGUGUCCCGCAUCGGAAGUAGCGGAUAAAAAAUGUGACUUUAGUCACGUGCUCGACGUAAACUCGCACUUAAAAACACUAACAAUACAAGGCAGCAACAAACUCUAUGGCACCAGUAACAUAAAUUUAUCAACUCUACCGAUAGAACUGUCGACAUUCAAGACCAUCGAGACUCUAGAAAUAAACAACUACCCUGUGAACAAAAUAUACUCGAUGGGCAACUUACGGGACACCACUCGCGUGUUAAAAGUCCAUAACACGCAUUUAAAGAACAUCGUCGACCUGGUAAUGUGCGAAGAGUUGCAUCGCUGCAUAGAAAACGCGAACGACUCCCACGUCUGGCUGAAAAUAAGUCAAUUGGAUUUGAGUGACAACAAUAUCGAAGUUAUCGACGAGUCCAUAAAGUUGAUGCCUCAUAUUGAAUCUCUUAUCCUGAACAAUAACUGUCUGACCGAGUUGUCAAAUAUAACUCUGCUCCCGCGUCUGUCACAGCUGCAUGUUGCGUCGAAUAAUUUCACAAAACUCCCGGAGAACUUACACACCAAACUCGGUAACAUUGUCUACAUGGAUUUGUCGCAGAAUAAAUUGACUUCAUUGGCGGCAUUUGCUAAGCUUUAUUCUUUAGAAUGGUUGGAUGUCAGCUGCAAUUGCAUAGAGAGCAUCGAUGAAGUCAAGUACAUCGGGUAUCUUCCAUGCAUUGAAAAUCUCCGGCUCACUGGUAACCCAGUGUCUACUAUAAUCGAUUAUCGCGUUAAAGUACUGGAACCUUUUGGCAAACGCGCAGCUGAUAUUUGUCUCGACAAUGAGCGUCCGAAUCAAAAAGAACUGGAUACUGUUGCUGUAUUACAAGCACUGAGAAUUGCUCGCGAAGGAAAAUCCAUGGUACUCAGUAAUACGGACUCAGCGCUUUUUUCUGCUGAAAUUCCUAUUGUUUAAUUAUUAGUUAUUAUUUUUUUAAGUUAUAAAUAAUCGUGUAGCGUUAAAAAAGAAUUAAUUUUUGUUCUUCUAGUUUUUUAUGAAAGUAUGCUAGUUUAUCACGUUUUAAAAGUUCUCUCCAAGAAUCAGUUCGAUAAAAAAUAUUUUAGAAAUUUUUUUCAGAUAUUCUUUUUGUAUUUUUUUUUUUUAUUUUUAUUUAUUUAAUUUAAAUGCCAAGGCAGUGACCAAAUGGCAAAUGAUACAAAAUAAAAAGUAAAAAGUAAAAAAAGUACAUAUAAGAAUAUAAACAGAUAAAUUGACAAUGUUUGGAUUAUAACUAAUCGAACAAUGCAAACGAUUAAAAGUUUGAAUAAUGAAAUCAACUAAUUAAAAUUAAUAAAAGUGAGGUGAGUAAAAGUGAAUAAGAGUUUGUAAUUUGAAUAUUUAAUACCAGACUUGAGUUUGAAUUUAAAUUUAAGUAUAAAGCACUGCAGAUUUUGUUAAUUAAAGUAUAAAAAUAAUUAUUAUUUUGCUGACUUUGAGUUAUGUUGCGAGCGUUAUUUAUUUAAAAAUUUAAGGUAUGAAUAUUCAUAUUCAUUAGUCGCUUGAAAACUUUUCAAGUACUUUUUCUACUUUGGAAGUUUAUCUUGAGUGACUCAUAAAAUUUUUUUUCAAACUGAUUUUUUGAGGUCUGUUAAAACACGAUAAACAAACAUAUUUCCACAGAAGGCUAGAUAAAAAAAAGUAUUGGUUUUUUUUGCCCCAACCUGAUGAAUUAUAUUUUUUAUUGAAUAAUAUGUAUAAUUUUUAUACAAUACAGUUAC